AUGUCAACAGCAAUAUUAGCAACGAUUCAAAGUCAAUUAAAUUUUUAUACAUAUACAAUUGUUAUGAUUUUAGGAAAUAUUGGAAAUAUAUUUAUAAUUAUACUUUUUGCUCGGCAACGUCAAAAUGCAUGUUCAAUUUAUUUAAUAAGUUCAACAAUAAUUAAUAGUAUUUAUUUAACAUUCAAUAGUUUUGUUCAAUUAUUUCCUUUUUAUUAUGCUGAUGAAACAAUACGUGCAUUUAUUUUAUGUAAAUUACGUUCAUAUAUACCAGGAAUUCUUGGACUUAUAACUAAAACAUUUAUUGUAUUGGCAUGCAUUGAUCGUUUUAUGAUUACAAAUCAUCGUGCAAAUUUUCGAGCAUUUAGUACACCAAAACGAGCUAAAUGUCUUGUUUGUUUGUCGAUUAUUUUUUGGCCAAUUUUUGGUUGUCAUGUUGCAAUAAUGACAACAAUUAUUAAUCGACAAUGUGGUCAAUUUGGUAUUUAUUCAAUAAUUUAUACUAUUUAUAUUGCAAUAUUUGUUGGUUUAAUUCCACCAAUCACGUCAGGAACAUUAGGAUAUUUAACUUAUAGAAAUAUGAAACAAAGACAUAAUCGUAUUCAACCAGUUGCACACGUUGAUAUUCCUAUUCGACGACGAGAUAAAGAAUUAUUGAUUAUUGUCAUGUCUGAAGUAUUUGUUUAUAUUCUUACAGCACUUCCAUAUCCUUUUAUUCUUUUGGAAAUGAUGAUUAGUCGAAAUAUAAUAUUAAAUAAAAGUAUUGAAUAUUCACAAAUUGAAAGUUUUAUAUUAGGCAUUGCAUUAUUAUUAAUAUAUAUGAAUUUUGCUGCACCAUUUUAUAUUUAUAUUAUUUCAUCGAAAGCAUUUCGUCGAGAAUUUAAACAUUUAAUUAUAAAUAUUUAUAGAAAACAACGUGGACGACCAACAAUUCAUAGAUCAACGCAUCAGACAUUGACACAAAAUAAUACUCAUGUUUAA